CAGUACUUCACCAUGGAUGGUAUUCUACAGUCUGAGAACCCACACGAGGCGACUCAUGACCUUUUUGUCAGUUAUCCGGUGGCACAGAUUCACACCAUCUCCAAACAGGUGCUCCUGGAGGCAUUACUGAAGAAAGCUGAGUUGACCGGGUUGGUGAAGGAGAAAUACCGCGACCUCCUCAAUGUCGCAGACGACAUCCACGCAAUGAGUUCUCUUUCACAGCGCCUGCAUUACCAGCUCAGCGAUUUGUGCUACGAGCAGAACGGCUUCCGCCACCAGAACCACGGCCAGGAGCGGUAUCUUGCAAACUUUGCACGCUUCAGCGACUUUGCCGCGCCCAGCAACGCUGCCUUUACGCAUGAUCGCACAGUGCUCCUACGGGGAGUGGUCCACGAAAUGGUGACGCUGUAUGGCAUUGGGAAAACAGUACCCAACGUAGAGUUGGCCAAGCUUAUCUAUGUUGUGGAGAGCGCCUUCCCUGAAUUGGCCCAAGAUCAGCUUCUCAGUAGGCAAUUGCACGAUUUCAAGGUUGUCUUGGUGGCGGGUUUGCUGCGCUCCAUCGCGAAUUGCGACCUGAGCGAGGAGGAGGACAGCGAGAUCGAAAGCGAGGAAAGGUUAUUGCAACAGUUAAUCAUAGUGGCUAUUUUGCAGCGCAGCGAACCUCGCGAAGUGCUAAGGAUGUUCUUGGCCCAGCGAGUGCACAGAAUCAAAGGGCAGCUCAGUGGCGCCCUAUCCCAGAUCCACAUUGAAGCGCUUUUGAAACUAGUUAAUAACACGCUCUACUAUGCCAUUGCAUUGUAUACUCGCAAAUUUGGAGCCAGCUUUGCACGCGAGGUCUCUAACCUUGACACGCUGAAACUUGCCCGUACCCAAGAUUCGUUCUACGAAAGUAUCCUCCUCGACCAGAUGACGGAAUCCGUGACUUACACAGAAAGUACCUCAGAAGUGGCCGAUUUGCACACCCAAUUGGACGGCUUCAAGGAAACCACCAACCAGUUGCUCUCUGCCCGUUUCAGGGCCCAUAUCGACGCAGUUUCCCAUAAAAAGUCUAUUGUGGGCCUUGUCGCGUUCACCACCCAUUUUCUCUUGGCGUUCAAGGCCUUUCCGAGUUUGCUUUCAUCAGAAGUUGUGGGCUCGACUCUGCUGUUACUUGUGGACCGCAUCAGCGACAUUUGCAGUGAAAAGAUCGCCUCUAUCCAGCCCCUUGUCAGCCAGUUCAUGGACUCCUCCGGUGUGCAUGCGGAUUCUCCCGUAUUCCAUUCCUUGGUAUCGUUAGAUCUGGCCAAGUUGUCCGAUAAUGCGGAUUUUGACCAGUUCAUGCUGAAAAUCAGCGGCUUCAUUAAUAACAAGGCUUUCUUAGGUGUGUCUGCGGUGUCAGCCAUCAUCGACAAGGUGGACGGCUGGUACGAAGACCUCGAACAUGUUUAUGAGGUGUUGGACCGUCAAACCUCUGCGUCUGCCUCCCUGACUUUCACAUUGUUGAGAAGCAACGACAAGGCCGAGUAUUUCAAUAACGCAAUCAACUAUAACAACCCGAUCAUCGAUGCAACAUACUCGGUGGUGAACGAUUUUGACGAAGAAGAGAACCAUGAUGCCUUCUUUGCCCGAGUUUCGUCCUUCUGGGUUGAUAUUGCCGAUACCAUGAGCGAAAAGUAUCUGCAGAUCAUGGUUGCCUGCUCCGCCGACCUUCAACAGAAGUUUGCAGUUAUAUCCAAAGACUUGGGCGACAAACUCGACCAGUACUCUGCAGGUGCGUCUCGCGCUAAAAACUUGUACUAUUUGUUGAAGAUGGUCACUGACUUGAGAGAAAAGGUUGAGAUUAUUGCCCGAUUUGACCUGACAUCCGUGUCGAUUGCAAGCUUGCGCGCAGACUUCUCAGCCUUGAUCACUAAGCUCUUGACAGAGAUUACCGUGCGUGAGAUUCCCGACUCGUUUGCAUUUUACUCCACGUUGCAGCGUCAGCUUGUGGCCGACCGUUUGGCCGCCCCGUCGGAGGGCAGUGUGGUGCUGCAGCCAUCGUAUGCGCUUUUGAAGCUGCUCUAUCGGUUGGCAGAUAAGUACACUAUGAAGGCGGAGUUUGGUUCCUCGUGCGUAGCCUUAUUUGAUGUUCCGGAGUGGCACGGCGAGGUGAAGCAGGUGUUGCUCCAUGAGAUUUUGAGGGGCAUUGGGACGUCGAUCCGGGGUGUGCUAAAAAGCUGCAACGUAGAAUGUGAAUCCGUGGAAGCUGUUCAAUGCAAAUCUGAGGAAACAGUGCCAAGGUCACUGAAAAAGAGCAAGACUCAAAGAAAGGAUGUGGGUAAAAAAGCUAAAACGGAUAAAAGCAAAGAAACUGGAGUCAGUGAAAAGGAAGAAAUUGCACCUGAUUCAAAGGAAGUUGCAGCUUCGGACUCAGAGAAAGUUACAGAUUUAGAGGAAGCCACAACUUUGGAUUCAAAAGAAUCUAGUAACUUGCCAGUUGAAAUCCAGGAGCCUGAAACCGCUAACACCGAAAGCUCUAGCUUGUCCAUCUCGCCCGAGCAGGUGUGUCGUGUUUAUGUCGACACAAUGGCUUUGUCGGUAAUCUUCGACUCAGAUAGCUCUACAACCAGCCAGAUUUCUGACAUCACGAAAUCGUUAAGACAAAUGGUUACGACUGAUUCCUCAGAUACCGUCCAGUUGAUGUCGGCUGAGAGCGAUAUUGUCGAGAAGUUGAAGCACUGGUUGAAGAGCAACCAGGUGGGGUUGUUGCCCCUUACCAUGUAAAUUGGUUGAAUCAAUACUUGCGGCCUUUUCACGAGGUAUCACGCAAGGGAGCGUAGCCUAUAUAUCAUUUCCAGCAAAACUAGGCUUGAUACAUUAAAGCAUCC